AUGGAUCACACUCGCGACCCGUGUCCCUACGUCAUCCUCAGUGAUUUCGGCGGUGCCUUUAGCAUGGGUGCGAUUGGUGGCGCAGUCUGGCACGGCGUGAAAGGGUUCCGGAACAGCCCGUACGGUGAACGAAGAAUAGGCGCCAUUACAGCUAUCAAGGCUCGUGCUCCCGUUCUAGGUGGUAACUUUGGUGUCUGGGGUGGCCUGUUUUCGACAUUCGACUGCACGGUGAAGGGAAUAAGAAAGAAAGAGGAUCCAUAUAAUGCCAGUUUCUUUACUGGAGGUGCGCUCGCUAUUCGUGGUGGAAUGAGAGCAGCACGAAACUCGGCUAUCAUGUGCGCUUGUUUCUUGGCUGUCAUUGAGGGUGUCGGUAUCGGAUUCCAGAGAAUGAUGGCCGAUAACACCAGAUUAGAUGCCCCUCCACCACCACCCAGCGGCUCAAACACCAUGACUGCCUAG